ACUAAAACCCAAACCCUAAAUCCACAAACAAAGUUGAUAAAAAAAUAAACUCCAACUCCGCAAAGAGAAGAGCUCACAGAACCGAGAAGAGGAGAGUAGACAGUUACAGGCUCGGCGGCGCAGGAGCUCUCUCUCUCUCUCUCGGCCGUAGCACAUUUUCUGGCAAUUAAGCGAUGGUGAAGCACAACAAUGUUAUCCCUAAUGGACAUUUCCGUAAGCAUUGGCAGAACUAUGUCAAGACCUGGUUCAAUCAACCAGCUAGGAAGACCAGAAGACGCUUAGCGCGCCAGGAGAAAGCUGUUAAGAUCUUUCCCAGGCCUACUGCUGGAUCUCUCAGGCCAAUUGUUCAUGGCCAAACCUUGAAAUACAACAUGAAAGUCAGAGCUGGCAAAGGAUUUUCUCUCGAAGAACUCAAGGCUGCUGGGAUUCCCAAAAAGCUCGCUCCAACCAUUGGCAUUGCCGUUGAUCACCGUCGCAAGAAUCGUUCAUUAGAAAGUAUGCAGGCUAAUGUGCAGAGGCUGAAAACAUACAAGGCAAAGUUAGUUGUGUUCCCAAGGCGUGCAAAGAAGGUCAAGGCUGGUGAUUCUACUGCCGAGGAACUAGCAAAUGCAACCCAAGUGCAGGGCUCGUACAUGCCCAUUUUGAGGGAGAAACCAUCUGUUGAGCUUGUUAAGGUUACAGAUGAAAUGAAGGCAUUUAAGGCUUAUUACAAGCUCCGUCUUGAACGCACAAACAAGAAGCAUUAUGGUGCUAGACUCAAGAAGGCUGCUGAAGCAGAAAAGGAAGACAAGAAGUAAAUGAUCCUCACAAGUCACAGUUUUUUUUAUGCGAAGACAAUUUUGUUAGAGAGACUAGUUCUGCUUAGGACAUGCUUAAGUCUAAAUCAUGGAUCCACUUACCUGUUAUUAUUUUACAAACUCUUAUUCAAGUUUUUUGUUUUAGUUAGUGCUCCGGUGUUUCUGGGCUAUUUUGUUAUUUUGGCAAAAUUUGUGGAUGUGGUUUUCUCUUACA